UGGCGUAACUGUUGUUCAAUUAUCAAUUUAAGUAGCUUUUCCAAGUGAGGCAUUUACUUUGCUUUCCCAGUUUUUCUUUGCUGUAAAGAGUACAGUGAAGCUGGAAUCUGCAGUGGGGUGGUGCUGGGGUCUGGGCGAACAGAGCAAAAGGGAGGCCUUGAAUCACAUCAGUCAGAGGAGUUUAGCAUCUGAUUGUUUUUUGCACUUUGUGUCUAGUUGUACUUCCUAGAAUCUUCUGGGGAGUGCCUGCUUCAUAUUUGGUUGCAAGGAUUUAUCCUAAUUCACGCGACUGGAUUCCUAUUAUUGGACAUUGAGGUUGUUUCUAAUUUUUGACAAUUACAAACCAGGCUGGGAUGAACACCCAAGCAGCUAAAUCUGUGCUGGUGCUGGGCACUGAGGUCAGGAGGAAUAUUUUCAAGACCUCUAAAGCAUAAGGUGCUUGCCAGCAGUUGUAACUGGAAACUUGUUGGCAAGGGCCCAGAAAGUUGGGCAAGGCCAAGGCCAAGACCUGCACUCCAGUCUCUGGGCUUGCCUGAGGUCAAUAUCCAUUACCCAGGCCCUGUCACAGAGUGUUCAGGCUGGUGGUGCCCUUCUGGGACCCCUGGAUCAGCCCCCUCAUCUCACACAGGAAGGAACAGAGGCCUGGGAUGGUCCAUCAGCAUUUUAGCGCCAGGAAGGACGCUGCCUCUCCCCAAGCACCCCGGCUCUGGCAAAUCCAUUCGGGAUCUGAGCUGGAAUCCCAUGUGAGUUCCCCAGUCUCCUUAGAGAGGUCAACCUUCUCUUCUCCCCGGGAACCUUUGCGAAGGCCUUGCCUCUCUCUAACCCCCUGCUUCUGACAGCUCUCGGUGAUUUCGGUGCUGAUGAGCCCCCCACCACCACCACCACUCCUUCCCCCUUGGGCUUUGCAGUAGCCUGGGGAAUUCACACAAAUGGUGUGCAAUUUGUCCCUUCUGUGUUUUCCUUUCUGAUUUGGAAGUAAAGCUAACUCUUCACCCCCCACCGGCACCUUGUUUAUUCAACUGGGAGAGAUUUCACACCCAGGAACCCAGCUCUCCCUCCUGGAGCCCCUUCCCUAAAUAGUCGCCCCCCCCCCUUCCCACUCCCCCAACCCCUGCACUCACAGAAUAAUUUAUGAGUGCAGGCCCGGGCUUAUAAAAGGGUCUCGCAGGAGAGGCCAAAAGAGUACAGGGGGUUCUGAGAACUGGGACAGCCCACAGCCUGCUUGGCCUUGCUGCCCUAAGGAUGGACCCCUCCGUUCCGGCUGCUGCCGCCCCUGUCCCAGCUCCAGCAUUAGCCCGAGCCCCCCUGGCCUUCCCUGGCCCGUUAAGCCCCUCACUCCUUUCUUCCUCUGGACAAGUACACGAGAGUGAAAGAGGAGAUUGUCUUUGGAGACCUUGGCUGUCCUCCACAGAUGAACCCGCAAGGCCGCCGCCAGUGGAGUUGGCUGCUGAUGGGGCAACAGCUGCUGAGGUCACCAAGGCUGACUCUGGGUUCCAUCACCCGGUCAGGCUCUACUGGCCUAAAUCUCGCUCCUUUGACUACCUGUACAGUGCUGGGGAGAUAUUACUGCAGCACUUCCCUGUCCAGGCAACCAUCAACCUGUAUGAGGACUCAGACAGUGAAGAGGAAGAGGAGGAGGAGGAUGAAGACGACAAAGAAGAGAAAGAGGAGGCUGAGCAAAAGGGGCCAGAGGGGUGUGUGAGGGUACCAGGGUCUUCACCACACAGGGCCACAGCUUCCCCGCCCCUGACCUGUCCAAACUGACACACCUUGCCAGUCAGCGUCUGAUUGGGGUUUCGUAUGCCUGGCAAGCUUCCCUGUGCACCAGUGAGUCGCAAGUCUCCUGUCACAGCUUUCUGGCUCUUUCACCCAACGGGUCUGUGAGCCCAGAUGCCUUUGGCAUCUGCUUGUCUGGGCUGCUAUUGUGUUGACAGUGGGAGGGCCCCAGGAGCUCUUGGGAGAGGAAGGCCGGCUUCCUGCCUCCCCAGGAAGAGCGGUAGGACAGGGUGUGCCCUCAGAGAGGGGAGCAGUCACUGCUCACGGCCCUUUUCACUCCCUAGCUCUCCUAGGUAGGCCGUGGAGUUCCAUCUCCUUCUCAGAAAGCCUGAUCUGGCUUCACCUGCAGGGAUACAAAUACCAGAUCCAAGCGAGGUUGGGGUGCCUUUCUGAUGGGUUUUUCCCAAAGGAAAGGGGAUGUUUAGAGAGUCAUUAGCUCUGAAAAUCCCCUCCCCCAGUGUUGCCCACUAUCCACUGAAGUGUACGUGUUGGCAUGAGAUGAAUCAGGAGAAAAAUAAACUGGAUGAUGUUUGCCUUUUUCUUGGAACUAUGCUGAUUUCUUAACUGAACUCUGCCCACAUUGCAAAGCCCUGGGCAGAGGGUCAGAGACCAACUCAAGGCCAAUUCAUUGCUCUGCCUGAGGUCAGCUGACAGAUUUUGCUCCAUGGGGAUGAAGGGCUGGAGACCCACCGUGCAGCUGAGACUUCUCCAUAAACUUGUCCAAUCAAGUUUGAUUAAGCUUUAAGAACAACUUAGAAAGGAGUAAAAAGGACACCAAAAGGCAGCCCGAAAUUUCGAAGCGGGCAUAGGGGUUUGGCGGAAGGGUGAAGAAACGGAAGCUCGGCGAGGUUAGAAGAACGGGCUCCAGGUCACACAAUUUACAAAGGGCCGCUCUAAGAUGUGAGAGAUGACAGCCGAGUGGCAGCCCCAGGAUGCAGGAAAGCAGGGCUCCGAGAAGUGAAGCGAGCCGACAGCUCUCACACAACCCGAAAGUGGGGAAGUAAGGGGAGAAUCGGGACUUGUGGAGCCUCCCCCUGUCAUCUUCGUUUCUCCCAGAGAAGCCUCGGGAGUUCCAGGGGGCAGGCAGCUCUCCCUGGCCUCCUGCACCUAUCGGGAAAGAAAUGAGUCAACUGUCACAUCCAGGCAUUUCUGUAGCAGGCAUUUCCAUGCCACGGAUGGGAACACCUGAGGCUUGGCACCAAAUAUGAACUUGAAAAAGUUAAGAGUCCAAGAAUCCGGGCCUGGGUUCUUCAAGUCUUUCACCUUACCAAGAGCCAGCUCCAAGUUCCCAGUCCCAUCACUGCACUCAGACAAGCCCGUGUUCUGCCUCUAUUGAAGCCAUCGUGGUAUCCCCAGUAAAACUGGCGAAUGAUGCUUUUUCACCUAAAAGGAAUGGCAGUGCGUUACCAGGACUGGUGACCCAAGACCACAACUUCUCGGAAGCACGGCAAGACUACAGUGGAAUGUUAGCUAACAGGUUUGCACAGAGAUGAGCAGCCUCCCUUCAGCCCGUCUGUGUGCACUGCUUGAGGAAUCAGCCGCUGUCUUGGACUCACAGCCAGCUUGCUCUAGACACUCAUCUCAUAGUGGACAGAACCGGAGGUGUGUCACAAGGGCAACCUCGUCAGUACGGAGAUCGGGAGGCGUUGAUGUGUGUCACCCGCAUGGGACUUCACGGCAGCCUCUGUUUUCAGGCACUGAAGGAAGCAGUAUGAUAAUAACAUGAAGAACUUGACAUGACUCUGGGAGGCACAGGAUGCAGGCUCAACCGUCUCCUCUCAUUCGAACACACUGGCAACAACAUGGCCACUGCUGAGAUAACAAAUCAUUGAGCCCACAGACCUCCUACGUAGCCUGCUCCCCACCCCGCCCCCGGCCCUGGCUUCUGCUCAGAGGGGAAUCUUGUUACUUCCUCCCCGGAGCAUUGGAUCUUCUGAAUGGCACGGAAUUUUCUAUUUUUCUGUUGUCACUUGUUCUUCACUCUCUCGUCACCAUGGCAACCCAAGAGGGCGAGCCAGCAUUGAAUUCAACCCUGCCCAAUAGGCACACGCGGAAUAGCAAGUGUACUCCUUCGCUCAUCCUCCUGUUAGGGAAAUGGGACAUUUUUGUUGCUCCCUCCAUGCUUCAGCUUUGGUCCGUGGUGGAGAGCAAAUCCUUUCAUGUGCAGUUCCAGCCACUUGGUUAUGGCCCUUUCUUCAUCACCCUGCAUGGGAGUUACUAAUCUGAAUGCUCUCGCCAGUGAGCAGGGCCAUCGCAGUGAAAAAUGAUACACAUCUGUGACUGUGUAAUCCGUUCCACUUGCUGCUAAAAGAUUAAGUCAGACAAAAUGUUAGCUUCCCAGAUUUGGAGGGGAAGGGGGGAGCUUAAGCUGCAUUUCUAGUCCAGUUUGUAAAAAUCAGAGACUCCUGCAACAGAAAGAUAGAGGGGCGGAUGGAUUUAUCAAGCCUAUGCUUAAUUCUCAAAUCGAGCUUAUAUUACUACAUACUGUGCUUAUUCCUCUUCUAUUGCUCCAUGUGCACAUCAUUUCCUUGGCGGGAGGCCUUGAUGAGCAGGUAAGUGGAAAGAUUCAGGCACAGAAAUUCCACCUUGAACCCACAACACCUGGAGAGGUUUGCCCAGCGUCAGAGUGUUGUCCCAACUUAUAUCUACACUAGGCAAAAUGGUGCACUUGUUCGGCUUCCUCACCUUCCACUGAUUUCUGAGGAUCUGGGGAGCACAUUCAGCGUAAAUUCAAAUUCUGUAGCAGGCUUCCAGAUGUGCUCGGCUCUCCCGUGGAUACCUGCGCGGUGAAACUGUCAGCCUGCGAGGAGGAGCUUUGCCUUGGGCAAACAGUGAAAUUUGCCCUGCUUAAACACUAUCACGGAAACUUGCAUAAUUAUACGGCGAUAUUCUUGUAAAACUGUUGGCAACUCCUUGUAAACCUAGAAUAUUUAAUUACAGGAUACUUAAUGGGGACAGUGUGAUGGGAAGGAAAGAGCAGCAGGCACCAGGAGACCUGACUCAGGUGCUCAUUCUGAUUCUCUCACUAAUUAUCUGUAAUAUCUUGGACAAGUGAUUUGAUUUCCUCAUCCUGCAGUGGGGGUGAUCUUUACACUAUUAACUUCGUAGGGUAGUGGGAAAUGAGCGGCUAAUUAUACCAUGAAAGCACUCUGAGAAGGGUAAGAGGUUACCUAAAGGUGUGUUUUGUAAGGACUGUGAAAGGAACUUCCUCAUGCCAACACAAGCCCUGGAAAUUCCUGGGAGAAACCCAGAGAUGUGGCCCAAACGCCAAUAAGGUAGAUUUCUGGAGAAGUUAAUGCUCAUAGCUCCACUUCUAGAUAUAGGCAAGAUAUUUCGCUUUCUCUUUUUUUAAAACUUUUUAAAGAAGAUUUUAUUUAUUUAUUUGAGUUACAGGCAGUGAGAGGGAGAGACAGAGAGAAAGGUCUUCCAUCCAAUUGGCCGCAAUGGCCGAGCUGCGGCGAUCCGAAGCCAGGAGGAGCCAGGAGCUUCUUCCCGGUCUCCCAUGUGGGUGCAGGGACCCAAGGACUUGGGCCAUCUUCUACUGCUUUCCCAAGCCACAGCAGAGAGCUGGAUUGGAAGAGGAGCAGCCGGGACUAGAACUGGAGCCCAUAUGGGAUGCCGGCGCCGAAGGUGGAGGAUUAACCUCCUGCGCCACAGCGCCGGCCCCUUCACUUUCUCUUGGACUGCCCUCCUUUCCUGGAGCCCCCAUUUCUGAAUCAGCUUGGGAAAGCUGUCGAAGAGGCUCUGUGCGUGGAACUGUGGCUGUGGGAGCAGUAGCUUUGCUUGGCUUCCUGGCAGUGGUAACAUUUGGUGGUUGCCAUUGGCAAUGGCUUACAAAUCUGCAGCUGAUGUUAUUUCUUCAAAGCUGGGCUGCCGGUGCAUUUGAGUAAAAUGAACAUAUUAUGUCACUCUGAAAGCACUCGGCGUGUUAGGAAGACGGAGUUUUUCCCCUUAGAAACGACCUCGAGGAUAUAUACUGUUUAAUUUCCAAAAAUGCACUGGGAAAUUUUGAAAAUUUUCUCUCAAAUGGUGGAAACAUCUACAAAUAAUGCACGAAAGAACAACCACAGCCAGAAAAAUGGUGCUGGAAAUGGCAGGAGAAAUUCCAACUGAUCGAAAGGCUUGUUGAAACACAAAAAGGACAACGAAGGCAGAUAUGGGAAUUCAAAUAAAAUCAUCAAAGGUGGCAAAGAUUCAUUUUCCUUUUUUUAAAAAAAUAUUUUAUUGAUUUAUUUUAGAGGCAGAGUUACAAACAGAGAAAGAGACAGAGAGAGACAGAGAGAGAGAGGUCUUCCAUCCACUAGUUCACUCCCCAGAUGACCGCAACGGCUGGAGCUGAGCUGAUCCGAAGCCAGGAACCAAGAGCUUCUUCCGGGUCUCCCACAUGGGUGCAAGGGCCCAAGGACUUGGGCCAUCUUCCACUGCUUUCUCAGGCCAUAGCAGAGAGCCAGACUGGAAGAGGAGCAGCCAGGAUUUGAACCGGCUUGAACAGAUGCCCAUAUGCGUUGUUGGUGCUGCAGACGAAGGCUUAACCUACUACACUACAGUGCUGGCCCCUCAUUUUACUUUUAAAAAAGGCAAGGGUGGAGACACUAGUCACUAUGGAAUGUGCUGCACGCUUUGUAUACGCCCUUUCCUGCUAAGAUACAUGCAAAAUUGCCUAGGACAAGUUCCAGAAAGAAAAAUGGUGCUCUUCGUAUCUGAAGGAAAGGUACAAAUCAUGCAUGCAUAUGUUGGUAAUGCUUCCCUACAUACGGUUUUGUGAAUCCAAGAUAUUGCAUGCUGUUCCUGAAGAUACCACAAUUGAAACCAGAAGGAGGAGAGUAGGAUUAAAAAGCGAAACAGGCAGGGGACUAAGUAAUUAAUGAUGUUAAAAAUACUGACAGAAAACUAUAUCCACAAGCGCAAAGGUGCCGCUGUGCUAGGGCGGCAGCAUUAAGAGUGAUUUUAUUUUAUAUCCUCUUGUUUUCAAAUGCUCCUAAGUGGGCUUAUGCUGCUUUCAGAGUUUUCAGUUAAAGGUUAAAGCAGUCCGGGGAAAAAACAGACAUGUUAAGCCCAAAGAGAAACACUGAAAUUGCUAGCCUAACAGGACCAAUCCUUGACGCCAAAGACAAGAAAUAGGAUGAUCUCAUCAAAGUGCUGGUGGUCGAAACAGAAUUUCUUAAAAAGUAAUCUAGAACUUGAUACUCCACAAAAUAUCUUUCAAAAAUGAAGGUGACUACCCCCCAUAAAGAUGCCAAAUUGAUGUUUAUCGAGAAUACAAAAGCAAUUCAAUGGAGAAAGAUAGCUUUUUCAUAAAAUGGUGCUAGAAACAAUUGGUUGGGUAGAGGCAAAAAAAAAAAAAAAAAAAGAAAGAAAAAAGAAAAGAACAGAACCUUAAUCGAAACCUCACUUUAUACAAAAAUGUAAUUCAAAAUCAAAUCAACUCUUUUUCCCAUUUGACUACCACAUUUUCUCCAAUUAAUACCUUUUAGUGGCUAUGCUUAUGGGAUAGGUUAAAAUUGCCAUGAUCUGAAGAGGGAGGGACUUUUGGUACCCUUCUAUAUGAAAAAGCUGGACAAAAAAAAAAAAAAAAAAAAAAGAAA